AUGUCGAGCCUAUUGGAGCCUGUAAGGGUUGGGGGCAAACUAUCCCUUCGCAACCGUGUAGUCAUGGGGGCUCUUACCCGCAAUCGCUGCGUCGAAGACAACAAGCCAGGUCCUGCACAAGCUACGCACUACUCUGACAGAGCCCGUGACGGUGCAGGCCUCAUUGUCACCGAAGGGACUUUGAUCGACUGGACCGGCUGUCACUGGGAACACGCCCCGUUCAUGAUCACAACCGAACAUGCCGAUGCGUGGCGAAAGGUUACCGACGCGGUACACAACGAAGGUGGCAAGAUAUUCUUCCAAGCCUGGCAUGCGGGUCGUAUUCAGCACGACCAAAUGCCUGUGAAGAAGAAGCAUGGAGGUGCUGUUCUAGCUCCUUCAGCCAUCAAGGCCGAAGGUGGCAAGUAUCGCGACCUGCCAGGCAACCCGGGGCACACCGAAAAUGUCGCGGCAAUCGAUGAUCCGAGAGAAAUAGUCAACUUGUACCAACGUUCAUGCCAACUGGCCAAGGAAGCUGGAUUUGACGGUGUGGAACUUUUGGCCCAAGGCGGCUACCUGCCACAACAGUUUCUCAACAGCCGUGCCAACAAGAGGACGGACGAAUACGGCGGCUCGGUGGAAAACCGAUGUCGCUUUGUUUUGGAAGUUGUUGAUGCCGUUGCGGCCGUUUUCGGUGGCCCUGAAUUCAUAUGUGUCAGAAUCGGCCCAACCGACCACUUGAACGACUCUGUUGUGACUUUCGAUGAGAUGCAGGAGACGUACAAGUACCUGAUCAGUGACUUGGUCAACCGCAAGGUUGGAAUGAUCAAUUUGUGUCGACGCGGCGCCGAAAACAACGGGAGCACUGAAUUUCUUGGCAUCAAUCGACCUGAAGGCUAUCCCCUCCCUAAGGGUUACGAUCCUAUCCUUGAUUUUGGGAAGAUUGUCAAAGGUCCCGAUAGUUCGACACUGCUGAUGGCCAAUCACGGCUACACUGUUGAGGAAGCCGAUUGCUUGAUUAGAGAGGGCAAGGUCGACCUAGUCGCGUUCGGCAGGCCGUUCUUGUACAAUCCGGAUGUCGUCAAUAGAAUCAGGCAUGGCAUUGCAUUUGCAGAGAAUGACCGUGGAAGUAACGUCUUUUACGGUCCUUACCAGACUGCUGAUGAAAAUUACAACGAUUGGCCUGCAGCUAUGGUAUAG